ACUUAUUGGAGCCGCGGUCGGUGUCGCUCUUAUCGUUACUGAUGUGCGGACGCGCUUUGAUAUCAUUUCAUUCUCAGAAUCAAAGCGCUAACGCAAACGCGGUUCGGCGGCACAGACAUCAUUAUAGGAAGGCAGAACAUCAUGACUGCGCUAACUGCCCCCUUCGGUAGAUUCACGCACUCGGUAGUGCGAGCCAUUCCGGCGUCCUUUGGCGAGGGAGCGCUGAGGACGUGCAGUGCCCAGGUGGACUUGGCCGCAGCGCUGCGCGAGCACGAGCACUACGUCGCGGUUCUGAAGCACAGACUCGGGCUGCAGGUGGUCGAGCUUCCCGCGGACGAGAGUCUCCCCGACUGCGUGUUCGUGGAGGACGCGGCCGUGGUGUGCGGGGACACGGCGCUCGUCACCAGACCCGGGGCGCCGAGCCGGAGGAAGGAGACGGAAGCAAUGAAGCAGGCCUUGCAGGAGCUGAACUUGAACAUAGUGGAAAUGGAUGACGACUCAGCCACCUUGGAUGGGGGAGACGUGCUGUUUACAGGUAGAGAGUUCUUCGUGGGCUUAUCCACUAGAACCAACCAGCGUGGAGCAGAGAUUCUUGCAGAUGCAUUCAAGGACUAUACUGUGUCCCCAGUGCCCGUGCUUGACGGUCUGCACCUGAAGAGCUUCUGCAGCAUGGCAGGACCAGAUCUUAUAGCGAUUGGCUCCAGCGAACCCGCACAGAAGGCUUUCAAGGUCAUGCAGCAGAUGAGUGAUCAUCGCUACGACAAGCUGACUGUGUCUGAUGACAUAGCUGCCAACUGCGUGUAUAUGAAUCUUCCAGACAAAGGACAUGUGUUGCUAUACUGCACGUCGGAGGAAUACCCGGAGAGUGCUAAAGUGUUUGAGAAGUUGAAGGACUACACGCUCAUUCCUGUGUCCAACAGCGAGAAAGUUAAAGUGGACGGUGCCUUGACCUGCUGCUCGGUCUUCAUUAACAAGAAGCUGGAGAACUGAACGCGCUCACUGAGCAGCGCGGCCAUCUGUUUUUUGUACGACUACGAGUACUUCUGUGUCCGGAUGUAUAUGAGCAGUCAGUCCUGUGUGACACGCUGAUGUUUACAAUCCUUCGAUAUUAGUUUUGUAUACCUCAUAGUAUAGAUCUAGAGGAGUGGCAAAACAAACCUCUGAAUUGCAUUUACAAAAAAAAGAAAUAAACACCAGAUUUUUUUGUUAGUCAACAAAAUGCUCUUAAUUUUCUAAUUGAAAACCGCACCUGUUUUGUAACGUUUGAAAAAAGAAGGAUGUGAGACGACGUCCUGUACGUCGCUGGCAGACAUGCGAAACCCUGUGAUGUGACAGUGCUGAAUAUUACUUUUAUUGCAUUUGUUUACUCAUUCCCAGCUGUGGCUGCGCUAUCCACCCCCACGAUGGAGCUCCUCUCCAAAGAACAGGUUUAGCACAUGGUGACUAUAUACUGUGCUCUUUGUCAAAGCCACAAUAGUUCUGCUUUGAGCUUAUUAAUUUUUUUUUUUUAGCCUGGGGGUUGGAGCUGAAGAGUACAUUCUGUAACUCGUGAAAAUUUGAAGAUUAUUUAGCCACGGCUGGACUCCGUGAAUCACCUUCACUGGAGAAAUUCUGUCCUAUGACUAUUUUUAUCCGUCUUAUAGUUCAG